CUCACUGUUUUUAUUGCUCAUCAGACAGCCAGUCGUUGAAGAUGAAUCUGUCGGCAAUCUCGAAUGCGAUGCUGCCUCAGCCAGCAUCGUUCACAAAGAAGAAACAGUACGAGGUUAAAGAUGUGCUCGGCACGGGGACUUUUGGUAAAGUCAUGCGCGCAACAUGGCAUGUACCACCCGAACAAAUCAAUGUUGCCCUCCGUGGCGCAGCCGCAUCAUCCCUCGCGCCGCCGUCUUCAUCCUCCUCCACGUCUUCCACGUCCCCGUCUCCGUCCACUUCGCCGACUUCUUCUCUUCAUCGUCCUCCACUUUCGCCCUCUCUUUCCUCAUCGUCUUCCACAUCCUCGAUCGGGUCUGCUGCGUCGAACAAGACGUCAAAGGCCGGUAAGGCUCAGGAUAUGACCAGAGAAGUUGCUUUGAAGGUCAUCCCGAAGAAGAAGGUCAAGGGGAAUGAGUCGAGCGUCUGGGGAGAGAUGGAGGUAUUGAAGGGUUUGGAUCAUCCAAAUAUCGUUAAGUUCUAUGAAUGGUUCGAGUCACGCACGAAGUACUAUCUCUCGUUCGAACUUGCAACGGGUGGCGAACUAUUCGAGCGGAUCUGUCAGAGGGGCAAAUUCACGGAGUCAGAUGCGGUGGGAGUUGUUCGGAGCGUGUUGAAUGGGGUGAAGUAUCUACACGAGCAUGAUAUAGUGCAUCGCGAUCUCAAACCCGAGAACAUCCUUUACCGCACCCGCGACAAAGACUCCGACAUCGUUAUCGCCGACUUCGGGAUCGCAAAGCAUCUACACUCUUCCGAAGAACAGCUCAUGUCGCUGGCUGGCAGUUUCGGAUACGUAGCACCAGAGGUGUUGAACAAGAAGGGGCAUGGAAAGGCUGUGGAUCUGUGGUCCACUGGAAUCAUCACCUACGUUCUCCUUUGCGGUUACUCACCGUUCCGGUCGGACGACGUCAAGCAGCUAGUGAAAGAGACAACGGAGGCGAAGAUCAAUUUCCAUGAACGGUACUGGAAGAACGUUUCUGAUGAGGCGAAAGACUUCAUCAAGAAACUGCUCGAUCCCGAUCCGAACAAGAGGCCUACGGCAGCGGAGGCCCUCCAACAUCCUUGGCUAACAACCCAUGAAGCUUCAACAACGCACGAUCUCUCCGGUCUGCGCGAAAACUUUAACCCACGUCAACACUGGAAAUCCGCCAUCGCCUCCGUACAGGCCAUCCAGCGCUUCAGCAUCAGCGCUCGCAAUGCAUCACGAUCGAAGUCACCCGCUGCGAGGAGACCUCUGACGCCUGGUGGGAGGGACGAGUCGGACACGAGGAGUAGCGGGGGCUGGGCUGGGGCUGGUGGGGUUAGUGAGGACGAGGACGAGGGUGGGUGGAGGGAUAGUAGAGAGAGUAAGGAAAGUAAAGGGAGUGAGAGCGUGAAGUCGGUGGAUUAUGCGAGAGGAGGGUUGGGAGGGGAGCAUCCGGGGGAGAACGCGAAUGUGAGGGUUACGGGACCGGAUGGAGAGGGUGGGAGUGGAGAGCAGGUGAGGGAGGCGUGGGAGGCGAAGAAGUUGAAGAGAGAGGACGAGAAUGAGGUGCAGAAGGUGGGGAAACCGAUCCUGGAGGAUGAGGUCGUGGGGAAGACGCCGACACAGGCUACUUUCAAGCCAUCGGACAUUGGUGUUUCUAGAGACUACGAGGAGGAUGAGGAAGAAGAAGACUCCGAGGAUGAGAGGAGGAUGCCAGGAUCAUUUGAUUUCGGAAGCGAGGAUGAGAGGCCGGCCAGGCGGAAAAAGGCCGGGAAGAAGAGUGGACUACAGCACGAACAUGUGAGUAGCCAUGAUGGCCGCGGUGGCGGGGCCAGUGCGGAGGCGGACGGUGUAUUGGGUGGUCUGUUCAGGAAGAUGCAUCUCAGAUAAUAUGGGAGUAUUUGAACGGACCGAUAGAGUGGGUGGGACUUUUCUUUAAUAAGGUUUGCAGUUUGUUUGACAUUUUUUUCGUGUGGAAUUCACGCAGGAGGGGGAAAGCUGGUGUGCGCGAUCAGACUUAUCUUGAUGUUGACGACCUUUUAUGAUUAUGAUUAAGAAUCGU